GGUGCAAGUGGGGUUCCUCUCCUGGUGGUUAUGCAUCCAAGGCUUUCUUCUGAUGUGUGCAAGCAUGUCCCAUAUUCCUAUGGGUCUCAUGUUGGAUGCAUGAAGAAAAGAGACACUCACUCUACAGAUUUGUUUAAUUUCCUCUUCAGAUUUCCCAACAUGAUGGAGUGCUUCUUCAAGCUGAUUGGACUCCUUAGCAGCCUCUCAGCAUUGGUGUUUGAAAUAGUGAAUGGAAUCAGCCAAUACUGGCGCCUGUGGCAAUUCAACAACAAGGUCGUGCAAUUUGUGUCCUUUGGCCUGUUCGAAGUUUGUUACCCUCAAGAAUUUAAUAUCUCAGGAACUGUCAUUAAAAUGCUUGUGCAUACCCCUAUCAAUUCCACCUGGACCAUCUCCCCUGAGUUUAAAUAUGCACAAACACUGUUACUGUGUGCCAUUUUGAUGAAGCCUAUAGUUAUGAUUUUUGAUGCCAUUGCCAUUAAGAUCAGCUGCAUGCAAGAUCCAUUUUUGGAAUUGCAGAUUUGUUGUUACAAGAUCUCCGCCUUAGUGUUGUGUGUUAGUAGCAUCUUCACAUGUGUGGCUGUGAGCUGGAACCACUUUGUCGAUCAUUAUGGCCAAACAUCUCUUGAUUUUCCACCUGACUUUCCAGUGAAAAAAGAAGCUUUGAUUCACAAACACUAUACUGCUGUAUUCCCAAUAGGGCUUUUGACAGCCAGCAUGUCACUAAUUGGCGUGAUCUUCUAUCUCUCUGAGAUAAAUGCUUUGAAACUGCAGAGUCAGAAGAAGGCCCAGCGUGUUUACAUAGUGGCCAAUCAAGUGGUCUAA